AUGCCGCUCCCAGAGAAAUCAACCCUCCGUCGCAACGAAAUAGACACCUCCAUCCCAACCGACUCACCACCAUCCUACGAAAACACAAUCCUCCCAGCCUCAAACCCAUGGACAGACACUCCGACUCUAUCAGCACAGACUCCCACCCACCAAUUACAACAUCAACAUCAACCACAAAUACAGCCACAACCACCACCACCACCGGCACCUGUCCCGUCUCAGAACCCCCUCUCCGCCCUUUCCCGCCUAACCACCGUCCCGUUCUCCAAAUACCGCGUCCGAGACUCCAAGCUCUCCGACGACCAAACCGCGCUGACGACAACAAGCCCCGACCUCACGUCCAGCAGCUCAAACGCCACGACCGCGGCGCAAGUCCAACGGAACGUCACAAAGUUCAUCGCCGAGCAGGCUUCCCUCCCGCCCAAACCCAUCAUGAUCAUCCGGGGCACGCAUCUCGGAAGCGGGACGCAGCACGGGUCCACGAUCGUGGAUUUCGAGCUCAAAUUCAACCUGACGAGUUUGUUGGACUUGGGUGUGGAUGUGAAUGGGAGGGUGAACUCAAAUCCCUGUUCGAAUGGCAUUGACACCGGUCCUGUCGAUGAGCACGCCAACACCCACACCAGCAGCACAGGUGGCCGAAGUGUUGUAGCGCCCUGGAAAUUGAAAGUCAAGCGCUACCAACCCGGCUCGACCAACGGAUCACCCAAGCAACUGAGCAGAGAAGAAAAGGACAUGGCCCCCUUGGAGCUAUGGGCCAAGAAGUUCUGCGAAGACAAAGCAGAGAACCGCAGCUUCACCCUCACCCGCCAGUGUCCUUCCCUCCCUACCGCCCUUUUAGAAGGCCACGCCCGCAACCUCCUAGCCAGCACGAAAUACCGGGGCACCCUCACCGUGACGUUUCCCACGCACCACUCCAGCGUGACCAUCCUGCGCAAGUCCUCAAACUGGUUCACCAACAUGCUCCGUCUGUACCCGACGAAGAAGUACGAGGUCGUCAGCGUGGAGUGGCCCAUCAUCGGCGUGACCAACGCGAACGCGGGUCUCCCCAGUAAAGGCAAAGCUAGUGGCGCCCGCCCCGCCCUCCACCGGAACGAUACCAACGUGUCCGUGAUUUCGGAGUCGGAAUUACACCCGGAAGCGGAACCCCCGUCGUCGUCGGCGUCGAGCACGUCCUCUCACAAUCAGAGUGGCUCGGGCUCGACGACGGACACGGCGGCGGCGGUGGCGCAGGCGUGGUGGCGCGAAUGGCAUGUUGCCGUGCGGAAUGCCGUCUUGUCCGGCCGCAAGGGCUGGGUCACCGUGGAAGAUUGGAUCGAGGCCAAGACCGGAGUGCGCGAGAAGGAGCGCUUGAAGGAGUGGGGCGUCGAUUAUGAGUGA